AUGGAACAAGCACCGAAAAGCAGCGUACUGGAAAGAGCCAGAGCUUUUAUGAGAGAAAUAGAGAGCAAUGAUCCAGCGCCGGUGCCACUGGAGAUGAAUGAAGAAGGACCGUAUGUCCAAAUGGAGCUUACUCUAGGAGUUUACGAUGUAAAAGAUCCCACAAAUCUUAAAGUUGACGGGACCCCUGGACUGCUGAUACCAGAACUUCUUGAAAAAGAAGAAGCAUCACCUUCUCCUAGCAUUGAAGAAAUAGAAAAGAAAUAG